ACCAGCAGCAGCAUAAGCAAACGCAAAUUCGUACCGCUAGCCUCUAGCCCGUGUAGUUUGUUGAGAAGCAAGCUUGCAUCCACACAUCGAUCGGCUGACCACCUUGGUCACCAUGCCGUCCAUUGACAAGGUCACCGACAACGGCGAGAUGAAGCAGCGGCAGCCGGAGCAGGAGCUGGUCUGCGUCACGGGGGCCGGAGGCUUCAUCGGCUCAUGGGUGGUGAAGGAGCUCCUCCUCCGCGGCUACCGCGUCAGGGGAACCGCCAGGGACCCCGCUGACCGCAAGAACGCGCACUUGCUGGCCCUGGAGGGCGCCGAGGAGAGGCUCACCCUGUGCCGCGCCGACGUCCUCGACUACGACGGCCUCCGCGCCGCCUUCCAUGGCUGCCACGGCGUCUUCCACGUCGCGUCCCCUGUCUCCAAUGACCCCGACCUUGUACCGGUCGCCGUCGAGGGAACUAGGAACGUGAUCAGAGCGGCGGGGGACGCCGGCGUGCGGCGUGUGGUGUUCACGUCGUCCUACGGCGCCGUGCACAUGGACCCCAACCGCAGCCCCGACGCCGUGCUCAACGAGACUUGCUGGAGCGACUACGAGUACUGCAAAAACACAGGCAACCUGUAUUGCUGCGCCAAGAUGAUGGCUGAGAUCACGGCGACGGAGGAGGCCUCCAAGAGGGGUCUGGAGCUGGCGGUGGUGGUGCCGUCCAUGACCAUGGGCCCCAUGCUACAGCAGUCGCUCAACUUCAGCAGCAGCCACGUGGCCCGCUACCUCACCGGCGUCAAGCCCACCUACCCCAAUGCGGUCGCCGCCUACACCGACGUCCGUGAUGUCGCCCGCGCGCACGUCCUCGUCUACGAGCACCCUGAUGCCCGCGGCCGGUACCUCUGCAUCGGGGCCGUGCUGCACCGCGCGCACUUCCUUCAGCUCCUCGGCGACCUCUUUCCUCAGUACAACAUAACCGCCAAGUGCGAAGACGAUGGCAAGCCCAUGGCGAAGCCGUACAAGUUCUCAAACCAAAGGCUCAGGGACCUGGGAUUGGAGUUCACUCCGUUGAAAGAAAGCUUGUACGAGACAGUGACGUGCUUGCAGAAAAAGGGCCACCUGCCUCUCCCCGUUGUUCCCAUAGCACAGAAGCGCGCGUACUUGUAACAGGGAAGGACAGGGGACAAGCCCAUCUGAUGAAACAACAAGAGCAAAGCCACAGGAACAAAAGAGGAUACUAUCAGGAUUUUGGAGCUUCAGCAUAGAAUUAAUUGCGUAUUUCUACAAAGCAAAGUGUGGCUUGUAAAUAGAACUAAAACCACAACAAGUAUUUUAGGACGGAGGAAGUAUUAUUUAUUGUGUAAUGAAUGUGCUUCUACCCAUUAUUAAUAAACUCUUCUUUUCCUUGAAAAAAA